UAAAAAAGGAAAAAGACAAGCUUAGGAUGGCAACAACAUCACAGCCUCUGCGAGGUAAAACGACAUGUAAAAAAAUAUUUUGGGCAGUGUUUCCUCAUGCCUGCUUCAUUGUGUCUCUUGUCAUCUAUGCUUUUCUUGGGGCUCUCAUGUUUUCCCACAUUGAAGGUACCCGGGAGGUCACUGUAAGUGAAGAAUAUAGAGCAUUUCUGAAGAAUCUGACAUCCCUCGCCAGGAACCUAUCAGGUUAUGGGAAUACCUAUCCUGUGACACGGAUUGGGAAGUAUCUCUGUAUGGUGUAUGCCUUAUUUGGGAUCCCUCUGAUGUUCUUGGUCCUGACAGACAUGGGGGACAUCCUUGCAACUGUCUUAUCCAAGUCUUACAACGAGUUCAGGAAAAUACAGUCAAAAAUUCUUGCCUCUAAACUCUGUUCAGGAUCCACAUGUAGCAAAAGGAAUGAACUGAAACCCAGGGCACAGUCUAAAAUAGUCAUCAAUGAGCCCCUGACGAUCAUGGAAGUGCUGAGAAGUCAGUCAGGUGUGAAAAGGAGGAGGGUCAAAUAUCGCAAUGUGGAACUUUUUGAGAUGUUAAUUGCCAGGGAGAAUGAAAACACACAACCAGCAAGAAAUAAAAGCAUGGAGAGAUGGAGCUCAUGUCCUGAACUAGCAAGGGAAAAGACAGUGUCCAGAGUAAUUGAGAAUUUUGACAAAAUAGGAAAAGAGUUAGAAAAAUUAGAUGUGCCUUUUGUAUUGAUGGUGCUCGUUAUCUUUGUGUACAUCUCCUGUGCAGCUGCUAUUCUUCCAAACUGGGAAAAAAAUAUGGAUUUUCAGGAAGCCUUUUAUUUCUGCUUUAUCACUUUGACCACUAUUGGAUUUGGAGAUACAAAACUAGAACAUCCCAAGUUUUUCUUGUUUUUUUCCCUCUACAUUAUGAUUGGCAUGGAAAUUGUCUUCAUUGCUUUUAAGCUGGGCCAAGACCGCUUAAUUGUUCUGUAUAAAAAGGUGAUUUCAUUUUGUGCGGAGAAAAAUAUGCCAUCAAAGAAGAUAUAUCCAAAAUAAGAGCAGUCAUUUCUCCUGCACUUGUCAGCAUUGGCCACUGCAAUGAGAUGAAAUUGGUUCUGUGCAUUUCUGCCUUGGGCUGGCAGGUGCCAUAUUUUAAUCUGAUUUCCUCUGAGAAAUGACUGAGAAAUAGCUGAAUACCUCUGAAGGCACUUGGUGAAGGCAUCUCCAGGGAGUACUUUCCAAAGGGGUCCCUUCUCCUAAAUAACCAAAGAUGCUGCAUGAUGAAGAAGUUGAAGGCUCUCCCUGCCAGUUCUCCCUGAACAUUUUGAAAAGCUCUGAUUUUCUGCAGCCUUUCUGUCCCCCCUCCCACUGCAAGCCAAUUCAGGAAUUUUGUUUUUUGUCCAAGCGAGGCCUCAAUCUCCUGGAAGGUCUUGUCCUGCCACCUUCUCUGCAGCCAGA